GGAUUCGGCUUCAUAGGAUCUUUACACUCUGCGGCGAAUAAGGGAUAAUAAUUUGUCAUUGAUGACUGUGAAAGCGGCGUUCACACUUAGAAUGUAGACGAAAUGUGAUAGGCAUUAUAGUGUUGGGAUUGGAUGAUUUAGCAAUGCUAUCCCAGACAUUUCUGCAACAAUGGUCGCCAGGUGAAUUGUCCGUAUGAUAUUUCGACGAUGGCGACACCUGCAGAGCACGACCUUGCAUUAGCUGAAGCAGAGAGCAACAAAGAGAAGUCUCAAGUAUUCGGAAUCCUUAGGUUUCAGGAAGAAAAAUCGGCCGGUGAAAAAGCUAGCACCACCACGUCCACGACCAUGAGAGCCGGGGACGGGAGAUGGCAGGCACCCAUAUUUGCACUAGCCAGGAAAGCAUCAGAGACCUUUUCAGGAAGCAGCAGUCAUGUUUUGGCGAAGGUAGCGGAACCCACAUCUUUUGUAAACGAAUGGAGUGCCCAAGCUCUGCGGGACCCUAUGGCGAUGGAGAGAGCCAACCUGCUGAAUAUGGCCAAGCUCAGCAUCAAAGGCCUGAUCGAGUCGGCCCUCAGUUUUGGACGCACCCUGGACUCCGACUACCCCCCACUCCAGCAGUUCUUUGUUGUCAUGGAGCACUGCCUCAAACAUGGUCUCAGAGUGAAGAAGUCAUUUCUUGGAUACAACAAGUCUCUGUGGGGUCCUCUGGAGAUGGUGGAGAAGUUGUGUCCCGAGGCAGGAGAGAUCGCAGCCAGCGUCAGGGAUCUACCAGGACUAAAGACUCCGCUGGGCAGAGCUCGGGCCUGGCUGCGUCUAGCCCUGAUGCAGAAGAGGCUGGCUGAUUACCUCCGCCUUCUGAUCACCAGAAAGGACCUGCUAAGUGAUUUCUAUGAGAAUUCUGCUGUGAUGGUAGAGGAGGAGGGUGCUGUCAUCGUUGGCCUGCUGGUGGGACUCAAUGUGAUCGAUGCCAACCUUUGUGUCAAGGGAGAAGACUUGGAUACACAGGUUGGGGUCAUUGACUUCUCCAUGUACUUGAAAAAUGACAUUGAUGACUACAGAAGUGAAGAAAGAAAUGGUCAAAUAGCAGCCAUCCUGGACCAGAAGAACUACGUUGAAGAAUUAAACAGGCAGCUUAAUUCUUCAGUACACGGCUUACAAGGGAGGGUCGAUAACUUGGAGAAAUCAAACUCUAAACUCAUUGAGGAGCUGGCGAUUGCAAAAAACAACAUAAUCAAACUACAAGAGGAGAAUCAUCAGCUUAGAAAUGAGAACACUAUUAUUCUCAUGAAAGCUCAGCAGCAACUUGAGGUGACCCAGGUGGACGUGGACGUGGAGCUGAACACCUACAAGAAGUCGAGGCAGGGCCUGGACGAGAUGUACAACGAGGCCAGGAGGCAGCUCAGGGAGGAGUGUCAACUACGCCAGGAUGUGGAGAAUGAGUUGGUGGUGCAGGUGAGCAUGAAGCAGGAGAUGGAUCUGGCCAUGAAACUGUUGGAGAAGGACAUCCACGAAAAGCAGGACACACUGAUCGGCCUCCGCCACCAGCUGGACGAAGUCAAGGCCAUCAACGUGGAAAUGUACUCAAAAAUGCAGACUUCCGAUGACGGCAUGAAACAGAAGAACGACAUGAUCACUCGUUUGGAGGAGAAGACCAAUCAAAUCACAGCAACCAUGAAACAGCUGGAACAAAGAUUACAGGAGGUUGAUCGGGACCGCUGGGUCGCAGAAGAUGGAGCGCACAAAUUCAAGCAGGACUUUAUCAACAAAGCCGACAGCCUCCAAAAGCAGAUAGCCCAGAGAGAGAAGCAGAGGUUGCAGCUGGAGACAGACCUAAAGAUUGAGAAGGAGUGGCAGCAGACCUUACAAAACAACCUGGAGAGGGAACGAGACAUCGUCGCCCAGCUCAGUGCUGAAGCCCAGCAAAUAAAUGGACUUAAAAAGGAGUUCCACAGGCUGCAGGAUGAGAACAGCCAGCUGACUGGAAUAUGUGACGAACAGGAACAGGCCCUGGAGGAGCUGGGAUGCAAACUUAGCGAAUCAAAACUUAAAAUCGAGGACAUAAAAGAGGCAAAUGAAGCUCUUCAGGGGGGCCAGAUCUGGCUGAAGGACAAAGACGCCAACAUCUGUAAACUGUGUGAGAAGGAGUUCUCCAUCUCUCGGAGAAAGCACCACUGUAGAAACUGUGGGGAGAUCUUCUGCAAUGCCUGCUCUGACAACGAGCUGCCCCUCCCUGCUUCGCCAAAACCAGUGAGGGUCUGUGAUACGUGCCACGCCCUUCUUCUCCAACGCUGUUCCUCAAAUGCCACAUGAGAUGCCUCCUUUCAGCCCCAUCCACAGCUUUAACUCAGCCCCCCCCCCCCCCCCCCCCCUGCUGUUCAGACUACCAGGAAACCGCCAAGUUUGUGUGACUGUUAUCAGGUAUCAAGCAUUUAUGUUCUCCUAGGUGUUGUCCUUUGUGUAACAUAAGAUUUGAGAUGUUAUAUCUGUGACACUUAUGACACUAAGGCUGCGUUUAGAUAGGCAGCCCAAUUCUGAUGAUUUUUUUUCACUUUUGACCAAUCAUAUCAGAUAUUUUGCCAAUAUUUGGGCAGAAGAUCAGAAGUGGGCUGCCUGUCUCCACAAUAGACUAAAACCAUGUGGGCAGCUGAGCAUGUCAUUCCAAAUCUGCAGUAAGAAUAUCAAGAGACGAUGCAAAGUAUGUUUCUCUACGGACGGAGGAAUACAGUGGUUGAGCCUGUUGUGAUAAGCCGUGGAGUCAUUGGACAUAAUCAUAUUUUGGUUUUGUUGUGUUAUUUCACUUGAAUGUGGAUGGUGUUACCUGUUGUAAUUCACACGUGCCUCUAAUAAGCCAAAAUACUGAAUGAGUACCUUUCACAGAUUUGUUUCUGUAUGAUAGAAUGCAGGCACAUUUCAGAAGUAUGUUUACCAAAAGCACUAAUGUUCCCAAUGCUGCCUUGGUUAUGAAGAAGAAGAAACUACAUGAAACAGCACAGCAAAUGUAUAUGUUGUACUUUUGAUUACUGACUGAAAAACACAAUAUUAACUUAAGUAGGUCUAAUUCAUUAUUAACUUAACAAUAACUAUUAUUAUCAUUAAAAUAUACUGUAGCUACCUAACGUAGCAAAUUCUUACGUUUGGAAACAUACCCAUCUUGUAUUUAUUUUUGAAAGUGGAAAAAAUAUUUCAUUUCAGAGUAUUUGUUAUUUUUCUGCACAUUUUAUUUGAAUAUUUGUCAUACAAGUUUAAAAUCUUGUAUCACAAAGUGACAAAUAAUUUAAGAUGUACUGUACAUUAAUUUGUGUUUACCAAAUUAUACACUUGCUGUGUAUUUUGUUUUGUAUUCAAUCAGCAAAACAGUGUGUUUCAAUGUAUAAUUUUACAAAACUGGAAUGAAUACUUUUCAUUAAAAAUAAAUGGAUAUGGUACA